AGCCCUACAUCUAAGAUCCACCACCAAUAAACCUUGAAGCUCCACCAAGCCUUGAGCAGGCCCCUGAGCCUUGGUUCUGCUUUUUGGUGACCGGCUCCGGCUCCAACCGCAGCGAUGCCUCGGGAGAAGGAGAGCAGAUCCCGGCGGCGGGAGCGGGAUCCUUCCCCUUCCCAAUGGGAUUGGGACUGUCCCAGCACACAGCGCCGGCUGGAGGAGCUCUACUUCCGUGAGCAGGAUCCCAUCAGCUCCCAGGAGAUUCCCAACUUCUGGGCUUUCUUCGAGCGGCUCCGGCGCUUCCAGAGCCAGAAACCGGGACGAGAACCAGCCCCAGCCCCCCCUGAUGGGGCAGAGCCCCCCACAUCCACCCCUCACCUCAACCUGCCCCCCCACUACGACCCCCGCUACCGCAUCAACCUCUCGGUGCUGAGCCCCGACGUGGAGAACGCGCUGUGGGGAUCCCGGUGCCGGGAUGCUGGUGUCCCGCAGGAACGCCGCUGGGAAUUCCGCUGCGCUCUGCUGCACUACCUGGACUUCACCCAGAAGCAAAGCUUCUCCAAACUGCUCAAACUCCAACGGGAACGGGCUGCUCUUCCCAUAGCCCGAUACCGGGACCGGCUCCUGCGCGCCGUGGCUCAGCACCAAGUGGUGGUGGUCGCUGGGGACACCGGUUGUGGGAAGUCCACUCAGGUGCCUCAGUUCUUGCUGGCGGCCGGUUACAGCCACGUGGCUUGUACCCAACCCCGGCGCAUCGCCUGCAUCUCGCUGGCCAAGAGGGUGGCCUUCGAGAGCCUGCACCAGUAUGGGAGCCAGGUGGGAUACCAGAUCCGGUUCGAGAGCACCCGCUCCGCCGCCACCCGCCUGCUCUUCCUGACCGAGGGGCUGCUGCUGCGGCAGGCGCAGCGGGACCCGGCGCUCCCGGGCUACCACGUCCUCAUCGCCGACGAGGUCCACGAGCGGCACCUCCACGGUGACGUCCUCCUGGGGGUCCUGCGGCGGCUCCUUCCCGCCCGGCCCGACCUGAAGCUGGUGCUGAUGUCGGCCACCAUCAACAUCCCCCUUUUCUCGAGGUACUUCGGGGAUGCUCCGGUGCUGCAGGUGCCUGGAAGGACCUUCCCCAUCUCGGUCAUCUACCAACCCAUUGCGAGGGAAGAAGCGGCUGCGGCGGGGAAGGCAGGGAAAUGGGAGCGCCUGGAUCCGAUGCCGUACCUCAGGGUGAUGCAGGCCAUCGACCACAAGUACCCGCCCGAGGAACGAGGGGACCUGCUGGUGUUCCUGAGCGGGGUGGCUGAGAUCGGCGCCGUGCUGGAGGCAGCACAGACUUAUGCUACGUGUACCCAGCGCUGGAUCGUGCUCCCGCUGCACAGCACCCUCUCCGUGGCAGAGCAGGACAAGGUGUUUGAUGUUCCCCCUCCCGGUGUCCGUAAGUGCAUCCUCUCCACCAACAUCGCCGAGACCUCGGUCACCAUCGACGGGGUGCGCUUCGUCCUCGACUCAGGGAAGGUGAAGGAGAUGAGCUACGACCCUCAGGGCAAGCUCCAGCGGCUGCAGGAGUUCUGGAUCAGCCAGGCGAGCGCGGAGCAGCGCAAGGGCCGCGCCGGCAGGACCGGCCCCGGCAUCUGCUACCGGCUCUACGCCGAAUCCGACUACAAUGCCUUUUCCCCCUACCCUGUGCCCGAGAUCCAACGGGUAGCUCUGGAUGCUCUGGUGCUGCAGUUGAAGAGCAUGGGGCUGGGUGACCCCCGGACCUUCCCCUUCCUGGAGCCUCCUCCCUCCUCCAGCCUGGAGACAGCCAUGAGGUACCUGAAGGAGCAGGGAGCCCUGGAUGAGGCUGAACACUUGACGCCCAUCGGGAACCUUCUGGCCCAGCUGCCCGUGGACGUGGUGGUGGGCAAGAUGCUGGUGCUGGGCACCCUGUUUGGCCUGGCCGAGCCCACGCUGACGGUGGCAGCGGUGCUGAGCGUCCCGUCCCCCUUCCUGCGCCCCACACACCCCAACCCCGACUGCGCCACGGCCCGGCGGCCCCUCGAGAGCCCCCACGGAGACCCCCUGACGCUGCUCAACAUCUUCAACGAGUGGGUCCAGGUGAAGUUGGAGCGUGGUGGCAGCUCUCGGAAGUGGUGCCGGCGGCGGGGUUUGGAGGAGCAUCGGCUCUAUGAGGCUGCCAACCUGCGGCGCCAGUUCCAGGAGCUGCUUCGAGACCACCAACUGCUGGAGGAAGCCUCCAACCAGCCCAGCGACAGCUACAGCCGGCAGAGCCGGCACCGGGAGCGCCGGGAGCUGCACCGCCUCUGGCGUUCCCACAGGGAGACAGAGGGUCGGAAGCGCAAGGUGCUGCGGCUGCAGGAUGGAGCAGACGCCUCCUCCAGCGACGAGGAGGAGAAGGAUGGUGGCUCCCAUGGGAAGGGCAAGCACAGCAUCGAUAUCCAGGAUGUCAAGUUCAAGCUCCGGCACAACGUGGCCGAGCUCCAGGCCGUGUCCAGCUCGGCCCUGUCCUCCUCCCAGCUCGCCCUGCUCAAGCUGGUGCUGUGCCGGGGCCUUUACCCUCAGCUGGCUCUGCCCGACCAGUUCAACAGUAGCCGCAAGGACUCGGAGCAGAUCUUCCACACCAAAACCAAGCAGGGUGUCGUGCCUCAUCCCACCUCUGUCUUCGCCACCAGCCCGGAGCUGCUCCAUAACAAGAAGAAAGGAGAGCGCGGUGGGGCCAAAGACCCUGAGGAGGGGCUGAGCCGCCACCACCAGCUCCUCGCCUUCGUCUCGCUGCUGGAGACCAACAAGCCCUACCUGGUGAACUGCGUGCGGGUGCCAGCCCUACAGGCUCUCCUGCUCCUCUCCCGCUCGCUGGACACCAGCGCGGACUGCGCCCGGCUGGUGGCCGAUGGCUGGCUGGAGGUCACCAUCCCAGACGGGGACUCUGCCGUGCGCCUGCUCUCCACGGCCCUGCAGCUCCGCUCUGCCUGGGAAAAACUCCUCCACCAGCUGCUGGAAAACCGGGAAGAGGAUUUGGGCCGUCGGCCGAGCAACAGGGAUAUGUCCGUGCUGAGCCAGGGGCUGCUGGAGUUCCUGCAGAUGGAGGUGCCGUACCGCCUGCGCCAGCUCACUGGCCUGGAGCAGCAGAACCUCUACAUUGGUCCUCAGAUGGUUGCUGCGGCUCCCCAGCUCCCGGGGCUCUUCCAGGGCAUGGAGAUGGCACCUGACGAGGUGAAAGGAGGCCACAGGGUGACUGAUUUCCUCACCUACAACUGCCUGGCUAUGGACACAGACCUCUACAGCGACUGCCUGCGGAGCUUCUGGACGUGUCCCCACUGCGACCUCCACAUGCCCUUCACCCCCCUGGAGCGGAUGUGCCAUGAAAGCUCUUGUCGUCCCUUCGAGGCCCCCCCAGAAGAAGCAGCCGAAAGCUCAUCCAAGACCUCAGCCCUCCACAGGUCCUACCACUGUGACAUCUGCCAGCAGGACUUCACCUUCACCCCCACCGAGAUCCUGCGGCACAAGAAGCAGCACCGGUGACCAGGAUGGGGGCACUGGCAUGUGCCAGGGUCCCCCCUAUCCCCAAGGAGAAGCAGGAGACCCCCAGAACAGCAGGAACACCCCCCAGCACUGCCAACCCCAUUGCUGUUGGGUGAGUCUGGCUGGAUUUGGUGCUUUAGGGGUGUUCUUGGUGGCUCCUGUGGCUCAGCACCGAUGCUCUCGGGUGUCCUCAGCGCGGGGCAACCCAAUUUCACUGCCUUGUUUUAAAACCCCCUUGUAAAUAAACAGAGGUCUGGAGGUUGGGGUUCCCCUUUGGUGUCUACACCCCCAGGCACCCCUGGGUCAGGGGUGCAGGACACGGCGGGUGUUUGUGGGGUCGUGGGGCUGUUUUCUGCCUGUGAUGCUGCCUGGUGCAGCACAGCCAGCGUGUGGCACUCCAGUACCAGAAUCAUCCCUGCCUCAGCGCCUUUCCUUCCUGUAUCCCUUGGGAAAAGCAUCAGAGGGGCCUAUGCCAGGACUUUACCACCACCAAGACUCAAAACCUCUCCCCAAACCCCCCCCAAUAUUAAUAACAAGUGACCUGAGCAUCCCUUGGGAGGAUGCUCGCUCUAAACACAGCGAGAAGAUGCCACCUUAACGUCAGAAAGCGACGUUGCCUCUGGCGUUGUGGCUGGCUCCCGUGGUUUGGGGGCUGGAAAUGCCUGGAGAAAGGCAAAUCCACCCCCCCGUGCCCUCUGGAAGCAAAUCCCACGAGGACAGGGAGUGCUCAGCUGUGUAAAGCCGUUUAAAAUGCAGUGAUUAUUGUGCUGUGUUGGGCUCAAGCAGGGUCAGUAGCGGGGUCCUGUCUAACUAAAGUGUUGAGCCCAUGGUGGUGGCUGUAAAAGAGGGGAAAAGACAGAAGUGGAAGGAUGCUGAGUGCUUCCUGUCCCCUUUUCUCCUUUCUAAAGGAUUUUCUUCCCUUUUUCCCCCCCCCCCCCCUUUUCCCUCCCAGUGACUCCAGUGUGGCCUCCCCUUCGUGCUGGGCUGUAUCUGUAAUGAAUUCCUGCUGGGUGCAGGGAAUUCCCGGCGCAGCGCUCGCAGGAAUUCAUCGAGGUGAUUUCCUGAGCACAUUCCUUGGCUUGGGCUGUUCAUUCGGGCCUUUCGCUGCCUGUCCCUUAGCUCAGCACCAUCGCAGCCCACUUUGGGGGUGCGGGGAGAGCUGUGUCCCUCCGUUGAGUGGUGUUUUUAGGGGGGAUGAUGCUCCGAGCGAGUCUCUGUUGCUAUGGCAGCGAGGCGGGAUGGAGAUGCUCCUGCCAUGGCAACAGCCAUCAGCUGCCUGUGGCUUCACUGUUUUGAGCUGCAGGAGCCCCAAUUCUUUACCCUCGCCCUUAGGUUGAGUGGUGGAGGGUGGAUUAUCAGAGGGUCAUAGACUCUUAGAAUGGUUUGGGUUGGAAGGGACCUUAAAGCUCCUCCAGCUCCAACCCCUGCCACGGGCAGGGACACCUUCCACUAGAGCAGGUUGCUCCAAGCCCCUGUGUCCAACCUGGCCUUGAACACUGCCAGGGAUGGGGCAGCCACAGCUUCUCCCCAUUCCAGCGUCCCACCACCCUCACAGAGAAGAGCUUCUUCCUUAUCUCCAACCUGAACUUCCCCUGUUUCAGUUUGAACCCAUCACCUCUUGUCCUAUCACUCCAGUCCCUGAUGAAGGUCCCUCUCCAGCAUCCUUGUAGCCCCCUUCAGACACUGGAGGCUGCUCUGAGGUCUCCACGCAGCUUCUCUUCUCCAGGCUGAACAAGCCCCAGUGUUCUCAGCCUGGCUCCCUAUGGAAGGUGUGAAGCAGCUCUGCUCAGGCUUUGUUCAGUGGGAAGAGACCCUUUGCUCAGGAUUCAGGUUUGAGAUUUGCAGGAAGCACGGAAGGUCAGGGAAGGUCCCAACCUCAAACCCAUCUUCUCCAUAGUGUCAAUACCAUUGCAUUGGCUUCAUGGAUGAGUUGGAAAGCACCAGCCUUCCUGGAGGGAAGCAAGGGAGGUGCAGGGCAGAGCCUGGUUUCAUCCCUCUGUGCCUGCAGGGGAGAUGGGAGGAAAAGAAGGUGGAUUGGGCUUGGAUCUGGUGCUAAAAGAGGAGCAAACCCCUCCUCCCUCCCCAUCCUCAGAGGCCAUCUGGAAAUCUGCUUGAAAUGAAAGAUCAAUAAAGAAUUUACCUCA